AUGAGGAAAAGUUAUAAUCUUUUUAAAUCAGUAAAAAGAAGAAUUGAUUAUUCAUUAUGUUUAGUUACCGAUGAUAAAUUUUUAAAAGAUAAAGAAAAUGCGUGUCAACAUUUUAUUGACAAAGUAAUUGAAGGAGUUUUAGGAGGUGUUAGUUUGGUACAAUUAAGGUUAAAAAAAUCCGAUGAUAUUUAUUUUUAUAAUAUGGCUGUUAAGGUAAAAAAUAAAUUACUUCAACAUAAUAUCCCUUUAAUUAUAAAUAAUAGAUUAGAUAUAUGUUUAAGUAUUGAUGCGGAUGGAGUUCAUUUAGGAAAAACUGAUAUGCCUCUUAAUAUAGCUAGAAACAUAUUAGGAGAAAAAAAAAUUAUAGGUGCUACUAUAAAUUUUAGUGAUGAAAAAGAUAUUGAAAUGGCCUUAAAUAAUAAUGUAGAUUAUAUAGCUCAUGAAAAUACAUUAUAUGAUUCGAAAACAAAAAAAACAAUCACCUCGUAUACACAAGGUUUAAAGGAACAGAUAUGUACUUUACAAUAUAAAAUAAAAUAUCUUCAAGAAAAAAGGAAAAUUUCUCCAUACGUUGGUAUACCCCCUAUUUUAUUAAUAGGAGGUAUUAAUACUAUGAAUAUAAAAGAAACUAUGACAAAUUUUUAUGAUAAAUGCUCAGGUGUAGCUAUUGCCUCGGGAAUUAUUGGUGAAAAUUGCAAUCCAAUGAUAAAUUCACUUAAAUUGAAAUUUGUAAUUGAUAAAUAUAAAAUUAACUAUAAUGUUGCUUUUAUUAAUAUGUACAGCAACUUCCUUAAAUAUUUAUUUUAUAAAAUUACAAAUAAUGAGAAAGUAAGUUUGAAAAAUAUAUUAGAAGAGAAAGAACAAAAAAAUAAAAGUUAUAUAGAUGAAGUAGUUACAAACUCUAAUAUAAAAAAAAACAUUCUUAAUUUUUUUAUAAAUAAAUGUCAACUUAGAAUUCUACAAUUAAAUCAAUCAUUAAAAAAUAAUGAUAAAAUAAAAGUUUACCUUUAUCAUUCCAAAUUUUUAUAUUCAGAUGAUAAAAGCUCCUUUAAUGUAAAUAAUUUACAAUGUGGAGGAGGGUGUGUGAGUAAAUGGAUAGAAAAAAAUAAAAACGAAAACAUUCAAAAUAAAAUAUUUAUUUUUAUUGAUGAAGAAAUUCUUCAAUUGUUUAAAAAGAAUUUUCAACCUAAUUUUUUUAAGCUAAAUUUUUUUUUUUUAAUAAAGAAAAAUUCUCAUGUUGGUUAUAACUCAUUUAAACAUUUUGAAUAUGAUAUGAAAGAUGCUUCUAUAAAAUAUACGGAUAAUUUCAUUAAUAUAAUUUUAAAAAACAAUUUUUCUAAUGAUGAUAAAGUUAUAUAUUUAGCGUUAUUAUUAUCGUAUUUUUUAAUUAUUCAAGAAAAAUUAGUACCUCAAUUUUUAUCUAAAAUUAUAACUGAAAGUAAUAAUACUGAUGAUGACAAAUUAUUGAAAUAUAUUGGUGCAAUAGAUACUUCUAUAAAAUUUUUAGGAAAUAAUCACGUUAUAAAAAUUUGA